AUGGCGGAGGAGGAGGAGGCGGAAAACGUGGCGGCGCGAUUGGGAUCAUUCGACGGCAAAGUUAGCUUAGUAAGUGAUCACGAAGAAGAGAUUAUGAUUCUUUGGGCAAUCCAGCAGCCCAUUUUCGCCAAGCACAACGCCUUUGUGAAGCAGACCUCUCUUCAGCUAAACAUCGAUGCUUGUGGCCGUUCUCUCUCCAUACUCCAGUCCCCUUCUUCACUGAUCACUCCAGGGGUAACUGGUGCUGUCAUGUGGGACAGUGGCAUUGUUCUUGGGAAGUUUCUAGAGCAUUCUGUAGAACUAGGAGCCGUAUCCCUCCAAGGAAAGAAAGUUGUGGAGUUGGGCUCUGGCUGCGGAUUAGUCGGCUGCAUAGCUGCUUUGUUGGGAGCUCAAGUAGUUCUGACUGACCUGCCCGAUAGGCUGAAGCUAUUAAGGAAGAAUAUCGAGUCCAAUCUUUAUGGAGAUGUUCGUGGCUCGGCAUCUGUAGAAGAACUGUCAUGGGGAGAUGAUCUCGACACAGAUCUUACUGAUCCAUCACCUGAUUUUGUGUUUGGCUCGGAUGUUGUUUAUAGUGAAGGAGCUGUGGUGGAUUUGGUGCACACACUCACAAGGCUUUGCGGGAAACAAACGACUGUCAUUUUAGCUGGAGAGCUUCGGAACGAUGCCAUCCUCGAGUACUUUUUGGAAGCUGCCAUGAAAGUGUUUGUUGUGGGCCGAGUUGAUCGGGAGCAGUGGCAUCCAGAUUAUUGCACUUCACGUGUUGCGGUCUAUGUUUUGGUGAAGAAGUAG